CUGUUCCCGGAAGUGACGCAAAAAGGCCCGCCCCUGAGGAUGUGACGACGGGAGUGCCCUUGACGGGCAGGGAGGGCGGGCCCGUGCGUCCUUCCGCUCGUGCUGCAGGGAGAUGGCUCAGCGACUUCUCCUGAGGCGCUUCCUGGCCUCCGUCAUCUCCAGGAAGCCCCCUCAGGGUCGGUGGCCACCCCUCACCUCCGGGGCCCAGCAGAUCCCACAGUGCAGUCCUGGUGGUGUGACAGUAACACCCAGCCCAGUCCAGACAAUAUGCACCACCAGAGUCUGUUCAACCACCUUUAACAUCCAGGAUGGACCUGACUUUCAAGACCGAGUCGUCAACAGUGAGACACCAGUGGUUGUAGAUUUCCAUGCACAGUGGUGUGGUCCCUGCAAGAUCCUGGGGCCAAGGUUAGAGAAGAUGGUGGCCAAACAGCAUGGGAAGGUGGUGAUGGCCAAGGUGGACAUUGAUGACCACACAGACCUUGCCAUUGAGUAUGAGGUGUCGGCGGUGCCCACCGUGCUGGCCAUCAAGAACGGGGACGUGGUGGACAAGUUCGUGGGUAUCAAGGAUGAGGACCAGCUGGAGGCCUUCCUGAAGAAGCUGAUCGGCUGACGAACAGGGAAGAGCCCUGACUGCCCUGGCCCGCCUGGGAUCCUGCGGUCCCGGGGAGAGACCCCAUAGAGCUCACAGCCCUCCCAUGCAGGCCCUUCUCACCACCUCCCUCCCGCCUGGCCCUGGGGCCCGUGCUUUGGAGCCCAGCCUCCACCCAUGGGAGUUACAUGUGCUUCCGAGCUGGCUGACUGCCCGCGAGGCCGUCAGGAUGGUGCUGCUGCUGAUCUGGGGACAGCCGUCUUCCCGCCCACUCUCUUGCCUUCCACUAGGGCCUGUCACAGUCCCCGAGAUGCCUGGAGAGAGCCGAGCCCCUGCGGCGUCCGUGCUGGACAGCAACGCCUGGGUUCUUUCCUGCUCCUCUGCCGCCUGCGUUUUCCUUUCCUGCUGCUGUUCUGUAAAAAGAACAAGAAGGAAAAAAGAACCCUAAACUAGUGAGAGUAAUAUAUAAUUCUCUCAUUUUUUGUAGGUCUAUAAUAAAGAACUUUCUGUGAGCCCUUCUACCUCCUGCUGUGAAGAACAGACCUGGGGCCCCACACUCAAGUCCCCACCCCCAGAGAGCCACCUCCCUUCUUCCCUCCCCCCCUUUCCUUCCAGGCCCAAGGGCAGAGAACCAGCUGGGGUUGGGGAAGCCUGAGAUCCUUGAAUGCCACUAGCAGGAGGCUUCACUGUGAACAGAUGACACUAAUAAAGCUAGGGUUCGCACUGUG